CAUAUGGAAACUGAGCAAAAUAACGUAUUUAGAGAAAAGAAAUGUCGCCGUUUCGAUAGAUGUUCUGCAUAUGAUGAUAUAUAAGUAACACUGAAACAUAGCUUUAACUAUUACAUUUAGAGUAUUAUUUAAAAGCCCGACUACAUUUGACUUCCUUCCUUCCAAUCAGACUGAGUUUAUUAAGAAAACAAUAAUCCAUGCAGCCCUCUGGCCAUCAUGGCGAAUAAUAUUUUCUUGAAGUUGCUUCGCGUCCCUGCGUCCACGCAAUUUGCGUGUCUCCGAUCGGGAAGGUCGUUGCGGAAAAAGGCUGCUGCUCUUACGGCUGCAGGCAGCAGACUUUCAUGCAGUAACCCUCCUCCGGAGAAAAUCAGCCGCUAUCCUAUUCCCUACAAAAAGGACUUGCCUUAUGAUAUAGUGGUGCUUAUGGAGGAAGUGGAGUCAAAGGGAGGAUUUUUACCCAAUGUCUUCAAAGUUCUCUCUCACAGGCCAGCAGAGUUCAGAGCUUUCUUUGCAUACUACAAUGAGUUGAUGAAUAAGGACACAGGCAGAUUAACCAAGGCAGAACGUGAGCUUAUUGUGGUUGCCACCAGCAGUUAUAACAAAUGUCUUUACUGUGUGGUGUCCCAUGGUGCUCUACAUCGCAUUUAUUCGAAGAAACCUACUCUUUCUGAUCAGGUAGUUGUUAACUAUAAAAAUGCGGAGCUCACACCUCGGGAGCAUGCCAUGCUGGACUUUGCGAUGGCUGUGUGUCGCAGCGACACCAUCACAGAUGAGCACUUUAGGUCUUUGGAGGAAGUCGGCUUCGACCGUGAGGACGCCUGGGAUAUUGCGGCCAUUGCUGCUUUCUUUGCCAUGUCCAACCGACUCGCCCAUCUAACAGACAUGAGGCCCAACCUGGAGUUUUUUAACAUGGCCCGUGUUCCCCAGGACAAGAGCAAGAACAAGGCAGAAGAUGACUUGUAGAGCACGAGAGCUGUGUUAAAUGCAGUUAUGUGUGACACAACAGUCAUACUACAGCCAAAAAUUUGUUUUUUUUUUGUCUUUCUGUCUUCUUUUUCCAUUUGAAAGAAGAGAAAAUGUCAAGAAUGUUAAAUGAACGUUGACACUGAAUUAUUAUCGAUUGUAAGUAAAUCUUAGUUAUCAGUAAAAAGAUUUUAACAGCAACGUGUUUAUGAAGUGACAGAUUGUUUUUAAUGAGAUAAAGCACAAAAAACAUUUUCCUGUAAUCUUUGGAUACAGAAAGAUGUCCUGCAUAUGUGAAUGUUACCUGCAUCUCAAAACUGUGAGCACUAAGAUGAAGAAGAAGCACAACUAUGAUUAUAAGAUAACAUGUGAUUCAUGUAUGUAUGGUGUUGGGUGGGUUUUUCCUUAUUGGUCACUUAAAUUCAAGUCAUUUGCAAUGUGUAUAGCUGUAGUGGUUAUGUUCUUUUCUUACUUAACUUCAUGGUAGAAGCUUUCCUUAGUUUAUCUGACAAUAAAAAUUUCUGUUUGCAUAGGAUUGGAACAUCAGAGUGAAAGAUAAAGGUCUGUUGCCAUCUGAAGACAAUGAGUUGUAAUUCUUUGUGUUUAAAAUAUCUGGUCAAAAAACUCUAUUAAAUCUUAUCUUAGUUCUUUAGUUCAUUGUUUAGUUUUUUUAAUGCACUGCUGGUUUUGAGUACUUGUCACUUGCCCAAUAAAAGCACAACAAUGUUACCGUUGACAGUUAAAA